AUGGGUACGCCAGUGCAGGACGAUUUCUCGCGGGUGAAGGUGACCAACCAAGUGCAAAUCCAGACAUUCAUGGCGUCGCUCGAGCCUUACUUCCGCACGAUCAGUGACGAGGACAUUGCGUUUCUCGAGAACUUGCGCGACCCACAGGAGUCGUACGUGGUGCCACGACUGGGCAAGUUUUAUGCGCAAACCUGGGCCGAGGAAGAAACGCGUUUCACAGCCAAACAUCUGUUGGACUCGGAUUCUCGCGGCCGUGCACCUCUGCCGACCACGUCGUUUCUUGGUGCUGACUUGGUCGACUCGGAUCUGACUCUCAACUUGGCGCGCCUGGCCCCACUGACCGAGCGGAUUAUAUCAGCGCUGGUUGCCGAGCGGCUCGUGCAGCAGCUGCCUGAGAACGUGGGAUCCUCGGACAGCGAGUCCGAUGGGGAGGCAGGUGCGCGGCAGACUCCCCUGAGCGGUGACGCGACGUCGCUCGAGGACAGGCUCAAGCGAGAGCUACGGUACAUAGGCAUUCUGGAUGAUGGCGAUGUUGACUGGGACGCGCGGCAGGACGAUGAGGUGAGUGCAACGUUGCGCUCGCUGCAACGGCAGCUUCACGAUCAGGUGGCAGUCAACAUGCGACGCAAGGAGCGGUUGCUGCCCGUGGCGCGGGAGCACAUUGGGUUCCAGGAGUACACGCAGGUCAUUGAUGAGCUGGAUAAGCAGGUCGAACAGAGCUAUUUGAAACGGCAUCGCCUGACAAAAUCGCGCAAGCGCAAGUCAGCGCCAACCAAGACCGUCGCACUGUCGGACAAUGCGCUUAAUGCCAUGGACCGACGCCGCCGCGUCAUCAAUGCCAUAGGGCACCUGUUCCCGGCAGAAAAGUUUGCGCUUCCCGCGUGCUCGGUCUUUGAGGGCAUCCAGCCCAACCCUGAAAUUGACAUGAAGUAA